AUGUGGAAUAACACAAAACCUUCUUACUUUGUCUUGUUAGGACUAACUAAUGACCCUACCCUUCAGAUCUUCCUGUUUGCAUUAUUUUUACUGCUCUAUAUCAUGACUCUUCUGGCUAAUAUUGGCAUCAUGGCAGCCAUCAAAGCAGAUUCUCGACUACAUACACCCAUGUACUUUUUCAUAAAUAACCUUUCUUUCUUAGAUCUUUGUUAUUCCACUGUAAUUACACCAAAGACUUUAGCAACAUUAUUGUCAGUUACCAAGUCCAUUACUUUCUUGGAGUGUGUCAUGCAGAUGUAUUUCUUUGGUGCUUCUGUUAGUCUUGAGUGUUUCUUGCUAGGGAUAAUGGCAUAUGACCGCUAUAUUGCUAUUUGUAACCCUCUAUUGUACAUGAUGGUUAUGAACAAGAUGUUUACCAGACAGCUCAUAGGAUUUGCCUACCUUGGAGGGUAUCUCAAUGCAACAAUUCAUACUUCUUGUACUUUUCAUCUGCCAUUCUGCAGAAGUAACAUAAUAGACCAUUUUUAUUGUGAUGUCCCCCCUCUUUUAAAGCUGUCCUGUGUAGAUACUACUAUGAAUGAACUUUUGAUGUUCAUCUUUGGAGGGCUUGCUGAAUUUAGUUCGCUCACAACAAUUGUGGUAUCCUAUAGUUAUAUUAUUUCUGCUAUAAUGCAUAUCCAAUCCCAUCAGGGCAGGAAGAAAGCAUUUUCAACUUGUACAUCUCACCUAAUGACAGUUAGUUUGUUCUAUAGUACCAUUGUCUUCAUGUACAUGCGACCAUCCACUAGUUACUUUAUGAGCCAGGAUAGAGUGGCUUCAGUAUUUUACACCAUGAUCAUUCCUAUGCUAAAUCCACUGAUCUAUAGUUUACGAAACAAGGAGGUUGCAAGAUCAUUGAUGAAAAUUAGAGAAAAACAUAUAGCAAAGAUAUUAUAA